AUGCAUGGUGAUUUUUGGUAUCGUUCAUAUUUAACUCUUCACAGAGAUAUCAGCGGAGUUCAUUUGUUGUUGCGUUUAAAAAUUGAUUUAAAUCGACGAAUGGCUGAAAAUCGUGGAUUAAAUAAAAUUUUUAUGGAUUUAGUCGAAAAACAUUCCUGUAAAGUCGCAAUUAUUGAUAUUGAAACAAACAGAACGUUUACAUUUGCCGAAUUUAAUUGCGAAAUGAAUAAAUAUGCAAAUUAUUUCAAAUCGCUUGGAUAUAAGAAUGGUGACGUUGUUGCAUUAUUUAUGGAAAACAGUGUAAAUUUUGUAUCAGCAUGGAUGGGUCUUUCAAAGAUUGGUGUUAUUACGGCAUGGAUUAAUAGCAAUUUAAAAAUGGAGCCAUUAGCACAUUGCAUUAAUGCAUCAAAAGCGAAAUCAAUCAUUUCAUCAGUGCAAAUGUGCCAAUCUGUGAAAGAAAUAAGUGAUCAAAAACUUAUUGAUGAAAAUAUUGAAAUUUUUUCAUUGGGUAACUCGAAAUGGAAUUGCAUCAAUUUAUGCGAAAUUCUUAGUUCAACAAGCUCGGAUGAACCGCAAAAUUGUAAAGAUGUUGAUUUUAAAAGUGCUCUUUGUUUUAUUUAUACGAGUGGUACCACUGGAUUGCCGAAAGCCGCAGUCAUUAAACACUAUCGGUUUUAUUCGAUGGUGACUGGAGUGGCUCAUUCGUUUCGCAUAACUCCUUGCGAUAGAAUUUAUUUAGCAAUGCCACUUUAUCAUACGGCUGCCGGAAUCCUAGGUAUUGGUCAGACAAUUAUUUUUGGCUCAUCUACUGUUAUACGUCGAAAAUUUUCUGCCAGCAAUUUUUGGAAGGAUUGUGUUAAUUAUGAAUGCACGGUAUCACAGUAUAUUGGUGAAAUAUGUCGAUAUCUAUUGGCACAACCGAAAAUUCCUGAGGAACGAAUACAUAAAAUUCAUUUAAUGUAUGGCAAUGGUUUACGAGGUGAAAUAUGGCAAGACUUUGUUGAUCGAUUUGGUGUUCGUAUUGGAGAAGUUUAUGGUUCCACUGAAGGAACAUCUAACCUCGUAAAUAUCGAUGGUAAAGUAGGAGCAUGUGGCUUUUUGCCAAUUUCGCCGUUAACUUCGUUUGUGCAUCCUGUACGCUUGGUAAAAGUUGAUGAAACGACUGGCGAGGUUAUAAGAAGGCAUGAUGGAUUGUGUGUGCCCUGCCGACCCGGACAAACAGGUGCAAUGGUGUCAACAAUAAAAAGCAAUAAUCCAUUAUUGAUAUUCGAAGGUUAUUUAAAUCAAAAGGAAACCAGUAAGAAAGUCUUGAAAAAUGUAUUUAAAAAAGGAGACAGCGUAUUUGUUUCUGGUGAUAUUCUCCACUGGGACAAGCUUGGCUAUCUUUAUUUCAAGGAUCGGACAGGCGAUACGUAUAGAUGGAAAGGAGAAAACGUUAGUACCACUGAAGUUGAAGCUAUUUUGCAACCAUUGAAUUGUGUGGCUGAUGCUACUGUCUACGGUGUCACUGUACCAGGCCAUGAAGGCAAAGCUGGAAUGGCUGCUAUAGUAAAAUCGGAUGAAGCUUUCCAGGAUAAUCAAAUGUUUCUGGAUGAAAUUGGAGCAAAAAUACUAAAUAAAUUACCUUCAUAUGCUGCGCCAGUAUUCAUUAGGUUAUGUAAAUCCGUCGACAAAACUGGUACUUAUAAAUUGGUUAAGACUCAUUUGCAAAAUCUUGGUUAUCAACCGGACAGUAAAAAUGGGCACGUCUUUUAUAAAAAUGCGAAAAGUAAUAAAUACGUGCCAUUAGAUUCGAUAACACUUCAAUUAAUUGAUUCUGCACAAUUUUCUGGAUUAUAA